UUGGCCUGUUGAUCAGUCCGAGCUCUGCGCUCUUAAGGAAUAUGUAACCUAUAUUAUGUUUAACAAUGCGUAGUGUAAAAGAAAAAAAGAAAGCUAUAGAUUCCAAAGUGUAAAGUCGUCACACAGGAGACUGCAUAACGGUGAGAAAAUAGGAAAAACAAGAUUGAAAGGGAAAAACUUGUAUUUCUUUGGUCCUACAUCGACCUAAUACAUUGUCCAGAUCUGUGAGCAACCGAUGAAAAUGGCGAGUUGUCAGUCUCGUUGGUGCACCAGGAAAAAUGGGUCGGUGGAAAAAUACUAGUGGUAGAUGACCAUACGAAUUUGUAAAAAGAAUACAGGGUGUUCCAGAGAAAGAGCAAAAAUGGCAUCAGAAGCAUCAUCUUUGGACAGUGCUGUUAGCAGUGAUGGGGCACUUCACAUGGAACGGGAUAAUGGAGGAUACGGCAGUGUUGAGAGUGCAGUAGGUGGUCCCGAUUGUCGUAACGACUAUGAUGGCUUGCAACGUGAUCAAACUUUACACCCAAUGCUCAUUAGACAUAAGCACUCGGAUUCAAUGAGACGAUGUGAUCACACUAUGAAAGAAUUGGAGUACUACUGCGGUCAGCAUAUUGUUGCAAUGAAUCAACUGGAAGCAACCUCACAAGAGAGCUCAGCUCUGCUGGGCACAUAUGGUGAUCUUGUCAGCGAUAAACAGCGGCUGGAUCGUGAAGUUCAGGCUCUUCAAAAAGAGGUAUCAGAAUUGAGGUGCCAAAAUCAAGAUGUACUAGUUGCUAAUAGUGGCAAGAAUGAUACUAUAAAUCAGCAUUAUCUAUCAGCUCUAAGGAAAUAUAAGGCAAUUGAGGAUGGGUAUGAUUCGCUUAAAAAACGAUAUGAUGAUUUGUUGUCUUCACAUUCAUCCGCUGUUAAUAAGUUGGAGUUGGCACAUGAAGAAGUAGCACGAUUCAAAAAACAAUAUGAAGAGGCAAUUCAAGAAAGAAAUGCAGCAUUUAGGGAGAAAAAUGGCUUGAAACAGCAGUGUACAUCGGCAAUAAGGCAGUGGGACAUAGCAAUGCGAGAACGCAAUGAGUAUCGUGAAGCAUUAUCCAAAGUACAGCAGCAACAUGAAGAUGCUGUGAAAGAAAUCAAUCAAGCAAUGAUGUUACGGAUGAAAACAAGCAAAGAUAUGAAACGACUGACAGAAGAGAGGAAUGCAGCACUCCAUGAGUAUACUUUAAUAAUGGGGGAACGUGAUACAGUACAUAAGGAAAUGGAAAAAUUGGGUGAUGACCUAUCUCAGGCAUAUGCUAAAAUAACUCAUUUGGAAAAUCAAAACAAACAAUUGGCAGAUGGAAAAAAAACAUUGUCCUAUCAAAUUGAGACGCUGCGUCGUGAAAUUUCAUCAGCACUUUUAGAUCGGGAUGAAGCAUUCAAAGAGUGUAAUGUACUGCGUCAGAAAUUUGGUGAUUAUUCGGAGGUUGCUAGUAGAGAUUAUAAAAAUCGAUUGGAAAUACAUUCGUACAAUCGUGAACGGAUAAAUUCAUCAAAGGAAACAGAAUGUGAAGUAAAUACUAUUCGGGACUAUUCGAAACGUGAAAAAGAGAGGAUGGAUGAUUUGGAUCAGGCAAAUUUGGAAAUUGAUAGACUUAGAAAGCAAGUUGAGGCUGUUCAAGGGGAACUCGAAGAAGCUAUUCAAGAAGCUGAGGUAUCAAAACGUCGUCGAGAUUGGGCAUUCAGUGAACGUGACAAAAUAGUACUAGAAAGAGAGGCUCUAAGAUCAAAUUGCGAUAGAUUGAGAAAAGAGAGGGAUAGAGCGGUUUCAGAAUUUGCAAGUGCGAUUAGAGAUUCUGAUGAUAUAAAGAAACAAAGGAAUGAAGCUUCAAAGGAACUUAAAGAUCUCAAAGAAAUGAUUGAGAGUGAUUUAUUAACACGAUCAUCCAGUAUUUAUGGCCAUCAUGAAGAUAAUAAUUCCAACGAAUGGGAUGUAAUAACAAUACACUUGGAUCUCAGUAGAUUGUGUCAAGAUACAGAUCGUGAUUUGGGUUUGGUUUUAAUUGGUGGACGUCAAGAUCCUUAUUAUCCAAAUGAUACAGGGGUUUAUGUUGCACAGAUUAAUGACGGAAGUAUUGUUGGUGGAAAAUUGAGAGUAAAUGACUGUAUAAUUCGUGUCAACAAUGUAGACUGCACUUCAGUAUCAACUAGAAUGAUUCUUGAAACACUUCGUGCAUGUACCGUUGGCUCAGCAACAGUGACUGUUCGUCGUAAACGAUCAACACGACGAUACCUGAGAACUACUCAAUUACCUAUUGGCGAUACUAUACCUCAUGGCAUUGCCUUGGAACUUGGUAUUUAUAUAUCAAAAAUAUCUCCAGGUAGUUCAGCCGCUAAAGAUGGCAAUUUAUCAGUUGGCGAUCGUGUAUUAAAUAUCAAUAGUAAACCAAUGGAUAGUGUUACAUCAGCUCAUGAAGCAAUGAGCUUAUUGAAUGAUUGUAUUGCUGAUGUAUUGACAAUAACAACACUCAAAGGAAUUCCAUUAUCAUUGGCUUCAAGCUCAGAAACAAUGCCUGAUACUGGUGUGAUUUAUGGAACAGAUAGUAAUAAUAAGAGUCAAAAAAUGGUUAACAAUUGUUCACAAACUGAGCAAGAACGUAUCAUGUUAAAAGCAACAUCUGAUGAUUAUGAACGUCGCUAUAUGGCAUCAAAUUUCAAUGAAAGAAGUAUAUAUAAAGUGUCAAAAUCAAUUAGUGGUGAUAAACCAAGUGGUAUUAGUCAUGCGUGGGAUAAUAUACGUGAAAAAAUUGAUAUUGUCAGAGGUAGAAGGCACAGUAAAGAUCGUGAUGAUAAGAAAAAACAGCGUCACAGAAAUUCUAGCCCAAAUACAUUUGAACAGGAGCAAGAUGCAAUAGCUGAAUUGGAUUCAGUAAUUGAAAGUUAUCAUCAAAAAAAGACAAUUACAACAACAACAACAGCAACAACAACAACGGUAGCUAUAGGGGCAGGGACAGUAGCAGCAGCAGCAACGCCACCAAUUACAACAAUGACAAUGCCAAUGAUUACAACGGCAACUUCAACGGCACCUUUAUCAACAUCAAUAAACAUUGCAAAUAAUAGUGUAUUAAAGAGAAAUAAAUUGAGAGGUACUGAAAAAAUGGAAAAAGAUGGUGGUACAUGGCCAAAAGUUCGAGGGGGUCCACUCAUUCAAAAUGGUACUGGAACAAUUUUACAUCCACGAAAAACAAAGGAGAGAUUACCACUGAGUGUUCUUAUUAAUCAUCCACCGAAAUACGAGAGCUAUAACUACAACAGAAUAUCAAAUCCAAUUCCAUUGGGUAAUUUUUCAAAUGUAAGCAAUCGUCAUACUGUUUAUAAAGCUAUGGAAAGCCCAGUGUCAUUCAGUAAAUCAGGUCAACUAUUUGGACAUAAAUCAUUUACACCAGGUGUAAUUCAAUUCAAGGAUAUUGCUUCAUUGGAGAAAAAACCAGCGAGUGCAGAAUUUGAACCAGUUGAGUCAGGGCGUCUGAGUUCGAGUCAAGCUCCAUCCGAGAGUAGCAUUGAUUAUUCAGUUAAAUCAGCCAAUAAUGACUAUAGCCAUCCACAAAAAAGGCGUCUUAGACAGUAUGGAAGUAAUGAAAGUCAACCAGAUCAACCAACACUACAGCAUAAUCGUGCACACUCGCAACUCUAUCCACUUGCUGCUAUAUCUAUUAACAACACUUCAGCCUCAUUGGCAACAGCUCCAAGACAACAACAAUUGUCUGGUAAUUUUUCAUUUCCCCCUUAUACACUUACACACUCACAUCCACAUCCUCAUCAGCAAAAUUCCUUACCUUCACGCUAUCCCUCACCACCAUCACUACCCCUAGGAUCACAAUCAGGUGAGUCUAUUGGACUUUCCGAUCGUUCCUGGUGUUUCGAGCCCCCAUAUAAUAAUCACUCUAGCCAUAGCCAGGCAUUUGGCCACUUGCACACUCCCUCUGUAGACUCACCUUAUCAAAAAUUGAGAGGACAUCCAGUUGGUACUGCUUAUGAUGUACCCAAUGCCUAUACACCACCAGGUUAUUGGUAUGAGGGUGGUACAUUUCCAAGAAAAAAGGAAAAUCAGAGGUUCAGGAUACCAUCGAAUCCAAGUGUUGUUUCCAAAAGCAGUGUUGGAAAACUCUCGACGGGAAGCAUUGAACGAACAUCUGAAAGGGGUAGUCCAAUGUCAAAUACUUUUAGGCUCGAAGUAUUGAGCUCUACAACUGGUAUGACAAGUACUGGGGAUGAUACUUUUACUCCUUUACCUGGAGAAAUUCGAAGAUUGAAAAUUGAUAAAUCUGUUGAACCUCUGGGAAUACGAAUUUUUUGCCUUGAGAAGAAAGGUGUCUUCGUUUCAGCAGUCAGUGAAAAUUCACUGGCUAGCAAAGUUGGUUUGCAGAUUGGCGAUCAAUUACUAGAUGUUUGUGGCAUCAAUCUAAGAACUGCUGAUUAUCCAAGUGCUGCCAAAGUACUUAGGGAUGCACGUACUGGCGCUAUUACAAUGCAAGUCCAGUACAAUCCACAUAAAUACAACGAGCUUCAAGGCACAGGCUCAUCAAGUUCUCCAGAACCUGGUGCAGGCGCAGAUGGAAGUCAUAGUGGUUCACCAACUCCAUGCAAUAGUCCUGAGGCACCUAGGAAAUCAAGUCUUGAACAUCAUGAAACUUCGGAACCAGAAAGAGAUGCAGCAGCAGUAGCAACAGCAGUAGCAGCAGCAGCAGCAACAACAACAGGCAAAACUACUCUGACUCUGCCACCAGUCAUUCGUGAACGUGAGGUGCGAACUUCUGCUUCAAUGGAGGUGCGAGAUACCCAAGAACGAGCGAGAGAAAUUCGUAAUUCAGCAUCACUUGAUAUCAAUAUUAGGAAACCAGAGCUUAGAAAUUCCGCUACUAUAGACUCUAUACGGGGAGCAUUAACACUAACGCGAGCACAAAUGAAUCAAGCAGUAACCACUUUGCAACGUCAAAAUGCAACAGUUAGAAGUCCAACACAAGAGGAACAAAGUAGAAAAAGCCCUCCCACCAUUGAGCCUCGAUAUCUAUUUAUAGAAACUCGUAAAUGCUCAAAUUUAGGCAUAUCAUUAGUGGGUGGUAAUGGUGUCGGAAUUUUUGUUCAUUCUGUUCAACCAGGCUGUUUGGCUGAAGAUGCAGGAUUGAGAUCUGGUGAUAGAAUACUUGAAUAUAAUGGUGUUGAUUUAAGACAAGCAACAGCAGAACAGGCCGCUUUAGAAUUAGCUAGGCCCGCUGAUAAAGUGACUCUAGUUGCUCAAUACAUGCCAGAACGUUACAAUGAAGUCAAAGACAAACCUGGUGAUAGUUUUUAUGUUAAAGCAAUGUUUGAUCGUGUCGGUGAAGUUGGAGAUAGUUUGCAAUUACGAUUUAAUAAAGACGAUGUACUUUAUGUUGAUAAUACAAUGUUCAAUGGUACACCGGGUCACUGGAGAGCAUGGCUGGUCGAUCAGGCUGGUAGACGUCAGCAGUGUGGAAUAAUACCGUCAAAAUUUAAAAUUGAAGAAGAACUACUAUUAAGGAGAUCCCUUGGUGAUUUGGAGACAGAUACUGGAAAACGUGGAACGACUAGUGCGCGAAGGAGCUUCUUUCGGAGAAAGAAACAUCAUAGAUCAUCUAGUAGAGAUAGUAAGGAGCUCUCUACACUCACUGGAGUCAGUCUCGGUUGGUACAGUGAUAGUGGAACAUUGAAUGAGGAAAAUUUACCUGCCAGUUAUCAGCGAGUUGAGAGACUUGAUUAUCCAACAUUGAGGCCAGUUUUGAUCAUUGGACCUCUCAGUGAAUGUGUAGCCACUAAACUCUUGCAGGAUUGUCCUGGCGAUUUUACAAGAUGCCUUCCUGAAGCUAUGCACUGCUCUCAAGCUACCUUGGAACAAGGAUUGAGAGAUUCUCUUUAUGUUGAUUAUCGUAAAAAAGGAAGUUAUUUUGAGUGCACCACUGUUCAAGCCGUCAAAGACGUAUGUGCUAAGAAUUCACACUGUAUUUUGGACGUAUCAAUUGCGUCGAUUGAACGGCUUCAUAGGCAUCAGAUAUAUCCGAUAGUACUCCUCAUUAAAUUUAAAAGUGUCAAACAAAUUAAAGAAGUCAAAGACUCCCGAUAUCCAAGUGAUAAAAUAAGUGCCAAAGCUGCUAAAGAAAUGCAUGAGCAAUCGCUCAAAAUUGAAGCUGAGUACAAACACUAUAUUUCUGAUAUUAUUCAUGCUGGGGUCAAUGUAGCCUAUAUCUGCACUCAAGUCAAAGCUGCUGUUGAUUGCGAGCAGAGUAAAGCAUUAUGGGUGCCUCGAGGUCCACCCUGACAUCCAAGGGGGGGCCCUCAUAAGCCGCAGUGGAAAUCAAUCUAAAUCCACUAGGGGAGCCCUCAUUAUUAUAUUCUAAAUAUACAACUUUAACGAGAGUGAGAGCAAUAUUGCCCAGGCAUUCUGGUCAUUGGGUUUUAUGCUUCAAAAUACUUUGCUGCUGGAAAUUUGUAAUGAUUGUCAUCACAAUCGCGAUGAGAGUACCUUUUAAAUACAGUAAAAUACAGUCCAAGUGGAGCUUUUAUUAACGUGGUUUAAGUUUAUACAUUACAUUAUUUUAAAAAGAAAAAAGUCCGAUAUUUUCAAGUCGUUCUCAGAUUUUUAUCUAUCGCGUGAUGGAACUAGCUGCUACAUUUUUUUUUUCGACAAUGAAGAAAAAAGGGAAUAAAUAAUAAUCGACAUUCAGGAGCUGCUUCAACAGCAUUAAGGGGAAAAAAAAAAUUUUCUUUCCACAAGUAUCACCAUAAAUGGGUAUGCUUGAGUCGUAUCCCAAUAAAUAGAUACUUAUACAUGUAUAUUAUUUAUAUAAUUGAUUUCAACCAAUUGAGCGUAGAUGUAAUAUAUGAUUUCUUUCAAUCAAGAGAAGUUUCUAUAAUUCAAAAGACUUUAUAUGGAAGGAAAAAAAAACUAGUUUUAUUGUGGGAUCAAUGCCUUUGAAGGCUGUUUUUUUUUCUCUCUAUUUAUUAUUUUUUAACUAGAGCAAUGAAAAAAUACGUCUAUUGUUGUUCCGUUGAAAACAAAAAAAAAAAAUGCAAUUUUCAUACACACUAAUGAUGGAUUUUCAUAACUUUCUAAUGAGAGACAAUAUUUAGGCAUAAGUUUAAUCACUGAGACCAAAAAUUAAGAACAUAAACUGUACAAGUAUGAAGAAAUGUGAAGGAUGUACACUCACUUUGUUAUUUAUCGAUAAAAAUUACAUUUUUAUAAAGAAAAGAAAAGUCGAAAUCAUGAAGAAGAAAAUGUGAUUAAUUAAAUGUCGUGUGGCCCUCAGUGGGGUCUGCAUACAUUAAUUUUUCCUUCUUUUUAGAAUGGGCUAGUGGAGACAGACAACAGGAGCAUGUGUAUACAUGUUGGUAUUAGUGUGGAGAUUCUAUAUGACAUCCCGGCGACUACACAAAAAAAAGCAUUUUAUCUUACACAGUUAAAAUGAGAAUAAUGGGACCAUUUUUCAAUCCUCGCAUUAUACAUACGUAUUCCCCAUCAUUUACAUGCCUGCUCCUAAUGCAAUGCAAGACGCGUGAAUAAUAAUAAUUCAAUAAAAACGUGAUUUCGAUGUUAAUAUCAAUCACAUCACUGUGAUACAUAAAUACUGCUUCAACAUAUCGUGAGAAAUUUCCCGUUAUUAUAAUUAAUAAUCACGACCAAUCAGUUAUUUAGUAAUAAAUUUUUCUAUCAAUUUACCUACUACCUUUUGCAAUAUAUCAACCAAAACAAUAUUAUAUUAUGUAUUCAACAAGAUUAACUGUACUAGAAUGGUUUUUGAAAAAAUUUUUCCAUCUAAGCGGUGAAUGGAAUAUCUAUAGAUGGAUAUUCAGUUUGUUAUCGUACAAUAUAAAUGUUGAUCAAUUUUUGGUGGAUACUUGGAUUAUCAAACGGUGCCGUUUCGCUACCACUUGUUUGAAACUCAAUUCCACACUGACCUACUUGUAUUUGAAUCCUUUUUUAAAGCUAGCGUGAUUACAUAUUCGUUAGCUAUGGAGUCAUGAGAAGAGUUGCAGAAGUCUUUAGAUACUCUCAUUAGGAAUUAACUCAAUACUUUUUUUUUUUUUCAAAUAUAUCUUUGUGCUCGUGCUAAGUGAUGAUGUUGUAUGAAAUGAAAUACGUAAGUAGUGAUUGAAGAAAUUAAUCUCCCUGGUAUUGAAGUAAUACAUAUCGCUUCAGAAUUCAAAAUAUAUUAUUCUCGUUAUUCAAAACUAAGGUCAAGACAUACAUGGUCGUGCACUUUGAUGAUUAAUUGAUAAUACCUAAUUGAUAACAAAACAAAAAGAUAAUUUAAUGAUUGAGGGAAGGUGAAUCACACCAAACUCUCUUCAUUCUUUAAUUUCUUCAAACAAAUUGGCCAAACGGCAAUUUGUCAUAAUACUUGUCUUUGUACUAUCACCUUGCGGGUGAAUAACGAGGCGACAAUCGGAGAAUUUUUUCCUUUUAUGAUGGCUGAUGGAAUAGAGGAAAAAGGAGAAUAUAAUGGAGAGAGCAUGGGUAAUUGAGUUCGUUAAUUGGAGUUUUUUUUUUCAUUGUUAACUUGUACAUUGGUAGGGACCAGCAGCAGGUUCUCAGAGUAUUAUAAAUGUUCUUGCUCACUCAAAAAUAAAACGUUGUGGUCAUUAUAAAAUGGCAAUUGAAAUUUAUAAGUUGACUAUUUUCAAUCGUCAAUGUUACAAGACGAAAGAGAGAUUAAAUAUUUUCUAAUAAUACACUACAAAAAUAAUGAACAUUGUUUCGUAAUUCAUAAGAUAAUCGCAAAUUAUUCUGAACUCGCUUCUAUAUUUUUUAUGAAAAUAUUGGAUGUUUGCAAUUCGCAAUAAGUAAAAUUUUGUCAUGCCUUUCCUGUUCAUUAUUAGUCCACCAUUGGUAUAUGAUUUAUAGAAACAAUAACUGCCUGUAAAUUUUAUAUUCAUCGCUAUACCUCUUUUUCAUCUCGAUAUAUAACUGUAUAAUAUUGAACAACGUUACUAUUUCACAUAGGAUGAAUAGAAUAGAAUAGAAACUAUUUCAAAGAGGUACAUCUUCAGUUUUCCAUCAUCAAGUGAUGGUAACAGUUAAGAUUCGAUAUUUUGGCUGAGCAAAACACGAACAUGGAAUCGAAUAUUCAUUAACCUUUUAUUAAUCUUUUAAUGUUUUCUCUUCCUAAAACGGUUCCUCUACCAAAUAUUUCAACUCACUACUUGUGAAUUAUACUCCAAUGCAUAUAUUAUAAGACCUCCAUAUAGUUAUUGAAAAAAAUAAAUAAAUCAAAUAAAAACAUGACUGAAAGAAUGAAUGAAUGAAUGAAUGAAUCAAUCAAUCAAUCAAUCAAUCAAUAAAUUAAUAAAUGACAGUUGAUUCCAUGGACUUUGAAUAUGGCAGUUUGUGCUAUAAUGCACCAACUAAUUCUGAUAAAACCGACGUUAAGUUAUUUAAAUGUAUAUAGUGUUAUUUCAGACGAUAUAUUUCAAUAAACGAUGAGUGACAUAUAAAUAUAA